AUGAAAAUAUUGGGAACACGUACAUGCUCGCGCGGGAAAUCGCUGCUCACUCAUGGCGGGCGUCGCGAGCUGUCGUCGACCGCAACACGCCACAUCACGACGACGACUCCGCGGGCGAAUAUCCCGCAAUCUGGCCAUAGCCUACUGCAUACUCGCCGCCUACUCGCCAUAUCUGGGCCGGACGCGCUGCGCUACCUUCAAGGUGCCUUGACCGCCAACAUAGAAGCAAAUACUUCGCGAGCCUUUUUCGCUGCCUUCCUGACGGCGCAGGGUCGCCUCUUACACGAUGUCUUCAUCUAUCCUUACGCGCAAAACGAGAAAAUCUUGAAUGGGCAUCAAGCAUGGCUAAUUGAGGUCGACUCCAACCAAGCCGAGAACCUAGCCAAGCGAAUCAAGCGCUACCGGCUCCGGUCAAAAUUUGAUCUACGAGUGCUGCCAUCAUCGGAAAUGAAGGUGUGGUCUGUGUGGAAUGAAUCCGUCGAAAAUACACAGGAUAACCCACUCUCAUCUGUGGAUCGAGGCGCUUUAUAUGCUCAUGAGGUGGCUAGUUGCAUAGAUCGUCGUGCCCCGGGAAUGGGGCAUCGGCUCUUGCUUCCAGGAAACAUGAAGCCCAUCGUCGAUUCAAACGAGUGCAGUGAGUCCGAAUAUCGUGUGAGAAGAUACAUGAGGGGCGUGCCAGAGGGUCAGGAUGAACUUACCAGUGAGCAAGCAUUGCCGCAGGAGAGUAAUAUUGACAUAAUGGGUGGCAUUGACUACAGAAAGGGAUGCUAUCUUGGACAGGAGUUAACUAUCAGAACACAUCAUACUGGCGUGGUCAGGAAGAGAAUUUUGCCUCUUCAAGUUUACGGGGUCAACGAAACAGAGCCUCUUGAGAUGGUCUACGAUCCGCUACAGAAUUUCAAUAGUGAGAGUAUUCCAAUAAAUACUAACAUAUUGCCAUGUGAAAAGAAAGGAAGGUCUGCUGGGAAAUGGAAGGCUGGGAUCGGUAAUGUUGGGUUAGGCCUCUGCAGGCUAUCUACUAUGACAAAUGCUACUGAAAAGGAUGAAGUGAGUAAUUAUCAAGUGGGGGAUGAGUUUAGCUUGAGCUGGUUCCACGAAGAAUCCUCCAAAAACUCUGUUAAAGUAAAAGCGUUUGUACCUUUGUGGUACCCAAACUCUAAAAAUUAA